AUGGAAUGUCGGAUUGUGGUUGCUCUCCUUCUUUUUCUUUUUCUUUUUCUUUUUCUUUUUCUUUUUCUUUUUUUUUCCUUUCCCUCUUCCCGCCUAAUCAUCCAAGCUCAGCAGAACCAGCUGCGCAUUUAUGCAGGUUAUCAAUUCAACACGAACCACGUCAAUGAUCUGUUUGUUACCCGGUCAAUCAGACUUGGCUCUGUGGAAACCACUCUCGGAUGUCUAUUUCAAUUUCUCUCCUACUCUUGCUUUGACACGCCAGCGGCAGAACCUGUCCAAGGAUCGCGGACGGAUAAGCCAAUGAGUUAUAGCUACUGGGUAUAUCGGUACCUUGAGCUAGGUACUUAUCUUCGGCACAUACAUAACUAGCAGCUCCAGGGUGGUACUCUGCAUGCAUCAAUGUUGAAAGCAACCUUGCAUGCCAGGGUGCACGGAGAACAAUAAGGUAGUUAGUCACUUUAAGGGCUUGCGGAUUCCUAUCCACUCUUUCUCGAAGCCAGCUUAGUGCCUAUGAUGCUGUGGAUAAACUUUGGUGCGCGUGGUAUUGCAUCUAUGUCCACUUUCAAGAGAAGUUUUUGGUGAGCCAGGGCUGGUUGCCCGGCUGUGUGCGCUCUGAAGGCCAUUCAGGCCAGAUAAGCUCAAGAGAGCAGCGUCAUCACGGAGUUCGCUGAAACUGUUACCACGCCGACCCCCAAGAAAACUUUGCACGGAGAUGAAGAUCCUCCCAGCACAUCCAUCUGCAUUGGCAUCUGUAGAAAUUUCACACUUUGCUACUGCCACCGCGAAGUAAUUAUUCCCCGAGCACGCUGGAGGAUGGCAAAUAUGGAGACGCAGUGGCGGCGAUGCAUCCGUGGACGAGACAAGGCAUUAUUACCGUAGUUACCGUACGUGACUAGCUGGCUAAAUUUUCAAUACAUCAC